GUGUCGGAAUAGUUAACGUGGGGCCGCCCUGGCUUCAGUGACUUUCUUUCUUUUUUAAGAAAAAAAAGAACCGACUGAGCAGCAGGAGGGGUGGGAUGCAGAACUGAACAGGACAUACUGAAGGGGAAAAUAGAGGGAACGCUAAUGCUACAAAAUAUGGAGUCUUGCCCGAUGUACAUGUGUGUGUUUUACAAUACAUUGAUGUAGCCUGCCAAUAUUUUAUAUUUAUUUGAACUAUUUUUUGUGUGUGACAUCUGCAAUGAUGAGGGUCGGGGUUUUGAGCAGGACCGCAGCGAUUGUGCUCUGUCUUUUGGGAUGCAAUGUGUGGAAAGCGGUAACCAAAACCCUGCAAGAUGACAACGCUCUAAAAGAGGUGACUCUGAAGGUUCACCUGAGUGAUGCCAGCACCCACCAGCCCCUGGGCGGAGCCACCAUCGAGCUCUUCGCCAACCACACCCCUGUAACCACAGAGACCUCAGCUGCCGACGGCAAUGCCUACCUGCGUUUUCCCUACCGCCUUGGAACCCUGCUGGUUGUCACAGCAACCAGACAGGGCUACGUGCCAAAUUCCGCCCCCUGGAGACCCACCAGACUGCCCGUGUUUUCCUCUCUCAGUCUGGAGCUGCUACCAGAGAGAGCUGCCACUCUGAUGGUGUAUGAAGACCUGAUACACAUUAACUCUGGAUCCCAAGGUGAGAGAGAGAGUGUGUACUUAGACACUGUCCCUGGCCCAGAGAGAGAGCGUGUACUUAGACACUGUCCCUGGCCCAGAGAGAGAGCGUCUCUGCAACAAGCAUCUCACUACACCUCUCCUCUCUCUCUCUCUCUCUCUCUCCCUCUCACUACACCUCUCUUUUGGCUCUCCUCUUCUCCUCUAACAGGAAGUGAGCGUAGGUUUGAGCUGACUCCAGUGGCGGCCAUCUCUGUCCACCUAUUUGCCAGUAGGGGGGUGGAGCUCCAGGUGAACUGCCCAAUCAGCAUCUCCAUCUCUCUACCGGCCAAUUGCGGCCUGAAGGAGAACCAACACAUCCCAGCCUGGAGGUUCGACCCCAGUCUAGGGGCCUGGUUGAAGAGCAGUCUGGGCUAUGUCCAGAGGGAGGGAGACCAGCUCAGCCUAACCUACAUCGCCCCUCAGCUGGGAUACUGGGUGGCUGCCAUGUCCCCACUAGACACAGGUCCGGUGGUGGCAAAGGACAUCAGUGCGUACCACACUGUCUUCCUAUUGGCCAUACUGGGAGGCAUGGCUGUCAUCCUCCUCUGCCUGCUCUGUCUACUACUGUACUACUGCAGGCGUGGUUGUGUGAAGCCUCGUCUGUCCCAGCGGAAGCUGACUCUGUCGUCUGGUCUGGAGGGCAGUAAGAGAGACCAGUCAACCUCCAUGUCCCACCUCAUCAGCAGCGAGGUUCAUUUGGAGCUGGUCUCUACGACAGCAGAACCCGACAUGACCACGCCCAUGCUCAAACCCUCCUCCUACGAUCGCCAUGACCUGGUCUCCCAUGGCAACCACAGUCGCAUGUCUCUAGGAAACCACAGCCGAAGUCGUCAUGGCUCGUCGCUAGGCAACCUGACGCCACGCAGCAGAGAUUACCGUCAGUCUGUGGAGACGUUCCCGUUUAAGUCAGCCCUCUCCGCCGGGACGGAUGCCGGCUACCGCCAAUCAUACACCUCCAUCUGCUCAUCCAUCAAUCAGCUCCCAGAUAGACUUUCCUCCUCAAAUCAGGUGCAGGCGUCAGCAAGUCAAUUGAGUGGUGUUGGGGAGGGCGGGACUAGUGUGCGUGAGGCUACCUCGCCCUGCUCCCCACCUGUCUCCCCUAUCAGAGGGGAGGGGUGUGAGCGCAGACCCCCAGACUACCUCCUGUCCCGGUCUGUGGACCACCUGGGCUCCCUGCCCCUCUCCCUCCCCAGGCCGGGCCAGCUGCUGUGCUGUGGCUCCGUGGACCUGCUGAGUGGAGGAGACGGUUACCCCAGGAGGAUCCGGCCCACCCUGGUGAUCCCAGCCCACUACAUGCGCCUGCCGGGGGAGCACCCGCUGUGUGGCCAGGCCCUGUUCUUACAGACUGACCAGCAGAGUGACCUGGAGACCAUCCAGGCUGAGCUCAACGCCUCACACUCCCAGCAACCCCUGGGGCAAACACACGCCGAUUAUGCUAUCGCCUCAGCCAACCAGGGACAAGGAGAGGGGCAAGGGGAGUGGAGCAGCCUAUCAGAGUCCCUGUCUAUCCCGACAGCACUUGGGGAGUCAGGGAUUAUGCAAAUGAACGGCGAGGACACUCUAUUGGCUGAGAGGAAACUGAUGGAACUGCGGGGAGGGAAGCCCCUCACACACCCGCGCGCCUGGUUCGUCUCAUUGGACGGUCGGUCUAACGCCAUCAGACACUCUUACAUAGACUUGCAGCGGGCUGGGCAAGCCAAGGGGAAUCCAGGUGGAGGAGGUAGCCAUGGUAACAACAGUGGUGGUAGGCAUGUCAACGGAAACGACGCAAGUCUGGACUCCGGGGUGGACCUUAAUGAGCCCAGAGCAGGGCGGAGGGGGAGGGAGGUAGAGAGGAAGGUAGGAGAGAGGGAAAGAGAGAAAGACAGAGAGAGGGGGAGGACAAAGAGCGGCCCUCCUGCCAUGGCCUACACCCAGCUGGUAUAUGUGGAUGACCUGGAGGGGGAGACUCCUGAGUGUAGCCCCCAGGACAGCCCUUUGGGUCCAGGGAUGCAGAACACACAGGGACAUCAACAAGUAGAGGAAGAGGAGGAGGACAGAGGAGAGGAAGAGGAACACAGAGGAGAGGGGAUGAUACAGGAAGAGGCUCCUUCACCCCUCUCCUCCCCCUCCUCCUCCUCCUCCUCUCCACCCCCACUCACAGAGACCGAGGGCAUGGUCUUCAGGACUGAGCAUGACCAACCGGCCCUAUUGUCUGUUGCCCCUGAUGACCACGGAGAGGAGGAGGAGAAGAAGAGCCCCUGGCAGAAGAGGGAGGAGCGCCCCCUAUUGGCAGUCUUUAACCUCAAAUAACCUCUGACCCUUGAACUAUAACUUUACUUCCCCUCCCACCACCCCACCCCAGAGUGACAUGAAGAAGGAUUGGCCAGCUAUAGAUCCAGAUCAUUCAGGAAGUACAUCUGCACUGGGAGCUAAAUGGAACUGUCAGUGAAUGGAAACGAUUGGAACAGUUGGAACUCCAUACAUUCUAAUGUCUAAUCCUUCCUGUGUAUCAUCAUAGCCCCACACUACAUGGACAGGCCACUGACUAGACAUGCCAUAGAGACUUUGUCCUGGUGAUACAGAUGAACUCCUGAACUAAAAACAAACUUAACAACGCCAGAGAACAUGUAAUGCACAACUGCUAUGCCUUUAGUAAAUUAGCUGUGUCAGCAAAAAGGGGCUGUGGAAUAAAGCAAAAGCAAUAUGGCGGAUGUCUACUGGCAGGUCUAGGUAGAAGGAGUAGUAGUGUUUUCAGAUCAGUAACUAGGACAGGAUAUACAUACAGCAGGAAAGGAAGCUACUCUAAUGUAUAAUGCUGCACAGAUCUACGAUCAGUUUUCCCCCCACAAGUCUUAAUCUGGGCGGCAGGUAGCCUAGCGGUUAGAGCGGUGGGCCAGUAAUGUAAAGAUCGCUGGUUCAAAUACCCAAGCCAAGACGGUGAAAAAUCUGUCGAUGUGCCCUUGAGCAAGGCACUUAACCCUGAUUUGCUCCAGGGGCGCCGUACUACUAUGGCUGCAUCUAUCCAGUGUAUGUGACACUAAAACAUAUUUUUUUAGGUUUCCAUUUUCCAACGUUAGGGUACCUUAGAUUAGUGUGUGUGUAACUUCAGUUUCCCAUCCACAGGACUGGUGAAUCAGAUAAUGGGAUACAGCCCCCUCUGUUGGUGACUGUUGAUAUUGCAGCACUCUACCAGUGAGGUUUUAUAUGAAGGUUUUGUGUGUUGAACCACUGGCAUACUUUGCUCUGAACGGCUGGCUAUGCAUCACUUUUAUACAGUUGCUUGAGAUGCCUUGUUUUGUCAUUUUAAGUACUCUGUGAUUUUAGUUGCCAAACUAUUUUACUCAAAUACGUUUAUGCUAUUUUCUACUCAGAUAUGUUUUAUCGUUUUUUUCCCCUUACUGUAAGUACCGAGUUUUAACAGACAAACACCCAAAGCCUUUUCUCUGAAACCAAACCACAUCCUGACGUUUGGAAACCACUAUAAUCGACUUCCUCGUUUUCCAAGUGCCUUUGAACAAGUUGACUCGUACACAUCAGUUCAGCUAGCUAUUUAUUUCUCCUCUCCCCUGUUGAGCUCUAACCCUCCACUACCUCAUCCCUCUCUCCUCUCCUCCCUCUGUCCCUGGCAGACAGAAUGCAGCAACCCCCUCUCUCCUCUCCUCCCUCUGUCCCUGUCAGACAGCAUGCAGCAACCCCCUCUCUCCUCUCCUCCCUCUGUCCCUGGCAGACAACAUGCAGCAACCCCCUCUCUCCUCUCCUCCCUCUGUCCCUGGCAGACAGCAUGCAGCAACCCCCUCUCUCCUCUCCCCUCUGUCCCUGGCAGACAGCAUGCAGCAACCCCCUCUCUCCUCUCCCCUCUGUCCCUGGCAGACAGCAUGCAGCAACCCCCUCUCUCCUCUCCUCCCUCUGUCCCUGGCAGACAGCAUGCAGCAACCCCCUCUCUCCUCUCCCCUCUGUCCCUGGCAGACAGCAUGCAGCAACCCCCUCUCUCCUCUCCUCAGUCACAAAGGGAGGAUGCUGUGUGGCCGUAGCUAGUUUGUUUAUUGACUUUUGCAUCUGCCUCUGUGUGCCAGUGCGUGGGCCCGUCUCUGUCUGUACUCAUGUCUUUCUGCACAAGCAUGUGCCUUAGUGUUCAUAUCUGUGCGUGCAGACAAUAUACUGCGGGGGUGUGUGUGACAGCAUAUGACAUCUGAGGCAUUACCGUGUAUAUAGUUCUCUCCUCUACAUGUUGACAUGUGAGCUAGUGUUGUGAAUGACCCCUCAUCCUCUCUCUCUCUCUCUCUCUCGCUGUACUCCAUCACCAUAGUAACCACUCUGGGAGAGUACUGUAUGUUACUGUUCCUUCCAUUCUGAAUGUCUUAACUGGUUGCUUGUAUUAUAAUUUACACUUAUUAUUCUGAAUAAAGAGACAAACUGGA